AUGGAAUCGCCCGAGGUCCGCGAAAGCAAUACGCAGCAAGCAGCAGACGCAGAAACGCCUGCGUUGAAAGGAGUUGUGUGCCAGUACGAUUAUACGAAGAAUAAGCCUGGUGUGAAAAUCGGCAUCAUUCAGACAUUGACGCAACGAGUAGAGUGUUUGGAAGCCGAAUUGGAGGCUGUGAGAGUUCAGCAACAGACGCCUAGCAGCCUUCCAAGUCCAGCAAAUGCAGGCCAUGAUGCAAAUGCCAUUCGAGGCCUCGUUUCCUCCUUGAUGGAGGAUUGGUGGGAAAGCCAUGCAGUCCGGAACCAGUCAUCACGACAGGAUGUGAAUCAGGAAAUUGAGGACGAUGAUCACUCACAAUCAAGGGAAUCUACCAUGGCAGCUUCUUACCAAGCUUCACGCAAGAGAAGACGUGCUGAGCCUGAUAGGCGAGAAUGCAGCACAUCAGCAGCCCAACUCCCACCGGAUAAAUUGGUCAACGUGAUACUCGAUGCCUACUUCUCUGUAGUCCAUCCGUUCAUCCCUAUUCUCCAUGAGAUGCUCUUCCGGUCUCGCCUGCGAGAUCCGACUGAGCGACCCAAACUCAUCGUUGUGGUCCAUGCUAUGAUGGUAUGCGCGCUGCGGUACGUUGCAAAUGAGCGACUGUCAAGAGAAUGGCUUGAACAGUAUCCGGACGCACUGCAAAAGUCAAGAGAGUUUGUUGUCCUAUCCGGCAUGGAUGGACUAUCCGUAGAGACCGUGCAAGCAUUAAUCAUAGUGGCAUUUGUGCAUAUCGGUGACGGAGAUGCCAACAAGGCUUGGCCGAUGAUAGGAACACUGAGCCGCGCUGUGGUGUAUUUGGGUCUUCAUUGUGAACCAGAAGAAGACCAGCCAGGGGAGCCUUAUCUCAAGCCUCUUCGAUGUCUAGCGUCAGCUCGAGUGUGGACAGAAGCAGAGGAGCGACGACGGGUGUUUUGGAAUGUGUUUCUGCUUGAUCGGUUCUGCUCGACUGUCACGGGGUGGAACAUGAACCUGUCCAGCGAGGAUAUCCAGGUUCGACUGCCCAGUGACGGCUUGUACUGGGCUAAAGAGGAGCCGGUCGUCACGCCGUUCUUUAACAUCUGGGAUACGUCAAUGUACAAGAUCGGAAAGUCUGUCUCUUUCCUUCCUAGUCACCUUACAUGUCUGGCAGACAGAGACAAGGAAGUUGCAACCACGGCAACAACAUCGGAACGCGUCUCCCCUGUCGCCCAGGCUCCUGAGACGCGAAACAUAGAUGUUUCAACCAUCGGCUCAUUUGCCUACUGUGUUGAAGCGACUGAGUCUCUCAACCGUGUUGUCAAGUUUUUCCUUCAGCGACCUGUCAACUUUGAUAGCAGGCAGGAGUUUAGUGCUUGGUUGACAAGGUUCAAAGAGUUGGAUCUUCAACUGAUACACUGGAAAAUGUUUUUGCCUCGGCGAUGGAAAGACUCCAACAUUUCGAAGGAACCAGCAUUCGUGCAUAUGGAUCCAAACCUAACUCUGGCGCACAUCACCCAUAACACGUCAAUGAUCCUUCUGCAUCAGAGCAUUGCGUACCCAAGAGCAUAUGUUCUUGACAAACUGAAGUUAGCAAGUACGGCUAGCGCAGAAACAUGCCAGCUCGCAGCAUCGGAGACAGCCAACAUCGUUCAGAAGUAUUUGCAAUACACACCAUUUGUUGGCUUGGUCAAUCCACCAUUUGCAUUUUGCACAUUUAUCAGCGCUCGUGUCAUGCUUGUGCACUCGCAUAUCCAUCACACUGAACUCCCCAGUGCGUAUGAUGUUCUUCUGUCGAGUCUCCAACAGAUGUCUGCUCGUUGGGUGUCAAUGAACCCCAGCUUGAAGCUGAGCUCAGAGACAAAGAAUUUUGCCGAGGGCCUUCUUUUCCAACUUCAGAAUCUUCAAGAAAACGCAACAUCUGCUCCACUGACUACAGACGCAUUGGAAUACAUUACAGAGGUUAAUCUCGCAUUGGGAAUGCAACCGCCUACUGUUAACCCAGGCGAGAGCCAGUGGCUGCAAGAGCGCCGGGCUCAGCAACGCCAUAGCAUCAUUCCGGUCAAUGGAAGAGGAUCUCAUUAUAUCAACAAUAGUGGGCUAAGGCAGGCAUCCGAUCAGCACAGUCCACUAAGCCAC